CUGGGCUGGACUGGGAGAUACCUGCUCCUGAAUCUGUUUGUUCACAGCAGGGAACAUGAUGUGUUCUCACGCAGUCCAGCUGACAGGCCAGACAUCCACUUGGGGCAUAAUUUUUGAACAGCGCACACACGUAUACUGUCCAGUAUGCAAGCCUAUCAGGUGCUCGAUACUUGGAUACCAGGAAAAAAGUUCCAACUAAACUCCAGGAAGAACAUAGCAAAUGAAACAAAUGUUGCAGUAAUUAUUUAAUGGAUACUUCCAGUGCAUUUCACCAGUCUUCACCAUGGGAAUUUAUUAGGACUCUUAACAUCUUUUCAAAGGAAUAUAUAAUAUGAUUCUACAACAUGUUUUUACCCUUUUAACUCUACUAGUUUUGAUUUGUAUUAGAACAGUUGUAUUUUUUGCCCUUUAUAAAUGAGGGUUAGGCUUAUAAUAUGAAUAUAGUUUUACAAGUAACAUAGUAAUGUUUAAUAGAAUCAUAGUAAUUAUAUGAAUUAUUUUUGGGUUAUGUUUAGAUGAUAUUUGUGCAUAUUUAUUUUUAAAUUCCAUAGAUAUGAAUACUACACCUUAUUGCUUUACAGGGGUGACCAAACGGAGCCUUGCGAGCUGCAUGUGGCUCUUUGAAUUGAUUUUGCUGCUCUCCAGUUGCCACCUAGGACUCCUGCAGGCACCCUCCUGUCACCGUCCAUGGGCUCCCACUUGCAGCUCUCAAGCAUCUGACAUUUACCACAGUUCUCUUGUAUGAAGAACUUGUAUUGACAGCCAUUCGGUGAAGUGGAAAUUAAGCAAGUGAAAGCCAUGUUGGAAAUAAUAGAUACUCACCGGGCCCUCCAGGCAGUGGAACGCCUGCAAGCAAAGCUACGGGAAAGAGGAGAUACAGCAAAUGAAGAGAAGUUGAGUUUACUGAAAUCAGUGUUGCAAAGUCCUUUGUUCAAUCAUAUCCUAAAUCUUCAGGCUUCUCUUCCACAGUCAAGAGAUCAGGUUGCACCUUCUAUCUCCUCAUCUGGUGAGCUGCUGCCACUUCCCCAUCAUGGCACAAUUGUGGGCCCUUCACUUCACAAUGAAUCCUAUCUGUUGGCUCAGCAGAAUGGCAACCUUUCUAGUGGACUUGGAGCAGCUGCACGAUCCAUUGCUCCUCAGAUUAAUGGGAAGUCAACUAAUGAAGAAUUUGAAUUAUUGAUAAGAAAUAUGGCACAGGGGCGUCUUGUUGAAACUAUAGAACUUGUAAAGCCUCUAAGUGGUGGCCUAGGUUUUAGUGUAGUUGGCCUGAAGAGUGAAUACAGAGGUGAACUGGGAAUAUUUGUACAGGAGAUUCAAGAUGGAAGUGUAGCGCAGAGAGAUGGAAGGCUACAGGAAGCAGAUCAAAUUCUUGCUAUUAAUGGGCAAGCCCUCGAUCAGACAAUUACACAUCAACAGGCUAUUGGCAUCCUACAGAAAGCGAAAGAUAUUGUCCAGCUGGUUGUGGCUAGGGGCUCUUUGCCUCAGCUUAUCAGUCCAGUAGUGUCUCGGUCUCCAUCAGCUGCUAGCACAGUCUCAGCCCACUCCAAUCCGGUUCACUGGCAGCAUGUGGAGACCAUUGAGCUGGUGAAUGAUGGAUCAGGUCUUGGAUUUGGGAUAGUGGGUGGAAAAUCAACUGGAGUGAUAGUUAAAACCAUUCUUCCAGGAGGAAUCGCAGACCAGCAUGGUAGACUGUGCAGUGGAGACCACAUCUUGAAAAUUGGCGAUACAGACCUGGCUGGAAUGAGCAGCGAGCAGGUGGCCCAAGUCCUGAGGCAGUGUGGAAACAGAGUGAAGCUGGUUAUUGCCAGAGGCCCGGUAGAGGAGCCUGUACCACCAGCCGUUCCUCCAGGCACCCCAGUGCAAACGGUUGUGAUGGAUAACCAGAGAGAAGAAGAGACACACGUUGAAAAUGUAGAUGGAAACACAUUUGAUGUGGAACUUACAAAAAAUACCCAAGGAUUAGGAAUAACCAUUGCUGGCUACAUUGGGGACAAGGCCUCAGAACCUUCUGGUAUUUUUGUAAAGAGUAUUACAAAAGGCAGUGCAGUUGAGCAUGAUGGUAGAAUCCAUGUUGGAGAUCAAAUUAUAGCAGUGGAUGGAACCAAUCUUCAGGGUUUUACCAACCAGCAAGCAGUGGAGGUUCUGCGACACACAGGCCAAACAGUUGGACUCACAUUGGUCAGAAGAGGCCUUAAGCAGGAAAAUCACAUUCGACCCCAUGAGGACCUCAGUGGUACUGUUGAAAAGGAUUUAAUUUUCCAAACGAUGGAUAUUGGCACAGGCAAAGAAAGCUGCGAAAGAGAGCAGAAAUCUCCAUCACUGGCAUGCAGUACCAGUGUGGUUCACAUUGGAGAAGAUAGUAGUCCACAACAAUCAGGUUUUCAACUCACUUCCACAGAUGAAGAAGCGCUGUUGCAGAACAAAUGGCAGACAAUUUUGGGGCCAAACUAUGAGGUUGUGGUAGCUCAUGUGAAUAAGUUUAGUGAAAGCAGCGGACUGGGGAUAAGCUUAGAAGCUACAGUGGGACAUCAUUUCAUCCGCUCUGUUUUGCCAGAAGGGCCAGUUGGACGAUGUGGCAAGCUGUUCAGUGGCGAUGAAUUACUAGAAGUAAAUGGAAUAUCUUUGCUUGGAGAAAAUCACAAGGAUGUAGUAAAUAUCCUAAAAGAACUUCCCGUCAAAGUAACAAUGGUGUGUUGCCGUGCAGCUCCACCUGUUAGUCAUUUGGUAAUGGAUGAGGCUCAGGAGACAGAGCAGUCUCACAUAGACCUUGGUGGACUUCUUGGCUCUUCAGAGACAGAGGAAACUAAUGUGGAAUUGGCUAAUGUGGGCCAGAAUACGGAUGAAGUUCAAGGAUCUCCCUUGGCAAUGUGGGAAACAGAAAUACAAGAAAUUGAGCUGGAGAAAGGAAGCAUGGGGCUAGGCUUUAGCAUAUUAGAUUAUCAGGAUCCUGUAGACCCUGUGAAUACAGUGAUCGUGAUCCGCUCUCUGGUCCCUGGAGGAGUUGCUGAGCAGGAUGGCAGGCUUCUCCCAGGAGACAGACUUAUGUUUGUCAAUGAUGUCAGCUUGGAAAAUGGUAGCCUGGAGGAGGCUGUGCAAGCACUGAAAGGAGCACCAAUGGGAACAGUUAGAAUAGGAGUUGCUAAGCCAUUGCCUCUUUCACCAGAAGAGGGGUAUGUUUCUGCUAAGGAAGAUUCCAUCUUCUACACAGCCCAGUCUUUUGAGGAGGAAGGGCUAGCUGAUUCAGCCCUCUUCCAUGCUGAGCUGGCUCUGGUGGACUCAAGUGAAGCAGAUCUAGUGGAGGAAUCCACCUUUGAAUCUCCGUAUUCCCCAGACAAUGAUGGUACAUUCCAGUCUUCAGUUUCAGCUCUGCAUGGCAGCACCUGUGCUGAUGAUCUGAAGUAUAAUCUCUCACUACCCUCUUCAACUCCCAAGACUGUUUGCAGAGAAGGUUCAAAUGCCUCAAACAGUUAUCGGCUAUCCGACCAAAACUUGUACACUGCAGAUCUAAUGGAGAGAGGAACAGAGAGCAAAUCUUCCACAGAGGUUUCUGUUGAAGAGCCUGCUGGAUCUGUUUCUGUGAAUCCAACAACACAUUCUCCUAAGAAACAGGUCGAACAUGAAAAUACGAGCACAUGGAGAGAGUCUCGAGUAACAGCUGAGGUCUCACACAAUGCCAACUUAACUUCCAGACUGCCACCUGAUUCUGCUGGAAAAGAUCCGGCAUUCUUGAUGGAAAAUAAUAGUCUAACCCAUGCUGGGAGGUGCUCCACAAGUCUAAAUACAAACAAAAACAAGUUUGAGAAAAUUAUUACUAUUGCAAAAGGCAAUUCAAGUUUAGGGAUGACCGUAAGUUCCAGUAAGGAUGGCUCAGGAAUGAUAGUCCGCAGCAUUAUCCAUGGUGGUUCCAUAAGUCGUGAUGGACGAAUCGGUGUAGGAGACUAUAUACUGUCUAUUAAUGAGGAACCCACCACUAAUUUAACCAAUGCGCAGGCACGAGCCAUGCUGAGGAGACAUUCUCUUAUUGGACCAGAUAUAAAAUCUUCUCCAGCACCUGCUGAUGAUCAGGCCCCCUUUUAUGUCAUUAGCUAUGUGCCGGCAGAGCAAUUAGAAGAAUACCAGGCCAGUUUCGGGCAGCAGCCAGAAGGAACAACGCCAUUAGAUGUUUUCUCUUCUCAUGCUGUAAGCAGAGAAAUUCCAGAACUACCAGAACGUGAAGAAGGGGAAGGAGAAGAAAGUGAACUUCAGAAUGCUGGCUAUAAUAACUGGAACCAACCAAGACGGGUUGAGCUCUGGAGAGAGCCUAGCAAGUCCCUGGGAAUCAGCAUUGUUGGUGGACGGGGAAUGGGAAGUCGCCUGAGCAGUGGUGAAGUCAUGAGAGGAAUCUUUAUCAAGCAUAUUCUGGAAGACAGCCCUGCUGGCAAAAAUGGAACCUUAAAAACGGGAGAUAGAAUAGUCGAGGUGGAUGGAAUUAACCUCAGAGAUGCAAGUCAUGAACAAGCUGUGGAAGCCAUACGGAGAGCAGGCAACCCAGUAGUCUUUAUGGUACAAAGCAUUAUAACCAGACCGAGGCCAGAAUCUCUGUAUAGCUCUUUAUCGUCUUCUGCUCCCAGUGGGCAGAAACUUAAUAAUCCAUUUUACCAUCAGCCGACACAGGACAUGCAGAAUCCAAUUAGAUUUACUUCCAGUUGCUCACCCUGUAAUCCUUUUGCUCCUACACCAUUUAAGGCAUCAAGUCAGUCAGAUUCGGAGCCAGAAAGGACCUCAUCGUGCAACCUGCCCCUGCCCCCUUCUGCAGCAUCCCCAGGAAUGAGCACCGAUGUUGUACAGCAGUCCUCUAACAAACACUUGGAAGAUAUUGAUAAGGAAGAUGAGUUUGGAUACAGCUGGAAAAAGAUCAGUCACCGGUAUGGGAAUCUGUCAGGCGAUUUGCACAUGAUAGAACUGGAAAAAGGGAAGGCUGGCUUAGGACUCAGCCUUGCUGGGAACAAAGACCGAUCCAAGAUGAGUGUUUUUGUAGUGGGAAUUGAUCCAAAUGGAGCAGCUGGAAAAGAUGGGAGGCUGCAGAUUGCAGACGAGUUACUGGAAAUAAAUGGACAAGUACUUUAUGGAAGGACUCACCAGAACGCAUCUUCAAUAAUCAAAUGUGCACCUUCUAAAGUAAAAAUAAUAUUUAUAAGAAGCAAAGAUGCUGUUCAUCAGAUGGCUGUUUGUCCUGGGAAACCCAUUGAGACCUCCCCUUCCUCUUCUGUGGCAGUUCAACAGGAUGAGGGUGAUGUGAAUGCCUCAAGCUCGGCUUUACCUAUAGAUUUGAGUUUCUAUAAAAAUAUUCAUAACGUAGAACUUCCGAAGGAUCAAGGCGGCAUAGGUAUUGCUAUCGGUGAAGAGGACACAUUUAAUGGUGUGGUUAUUCAGAGUAUCACAGAGCAUGGUGCUGCAGGAAAGGAUGGUCGAAUUAAGGUUGGAGAUCAAAUUCUAGCGGUCGACGAUGAAGUUGUUAUGGGAUACCCUAUAGAAAAGUUUAUCAGUUUGCUGAAGACAUCAAAACCAACUGUGAAACUCACAGUAAAUUCAGUACAGCAGGAAAGUCAAUCAACUGCUCAGCCAGAAACUCCCAUUUUCAGUUCUACAUCGGGUGAGAGAACUAAUACCCAACAAUCUGAAUCACCAGAACCAGAGUCAAUUAAAAAUACCAGCAGGUCCUCGACUCCAGCCACAUUGGCUUCUGACCCAGCUACAUGUCCGAUUAUCCCAGGUUGUGAAACUACAAUUGAUAUCUCUAAAGGGCGUACUGGUCUUGGCUUGAGCAUUGUAGGCGGAGCUGACACUUUGCUGGGCGCAAUUAUUAUUCAUGAAGUGUAUGAAGAAGGAGCAGCAUCCAAAGAUGGAAGGCUCUGGGCUGGCGAUCAGAUCUUGGAGGUGAAUGGAAUUGACCUGAGGAAUGCAACACAUGAUGAAGCCAUAAAUGUUCUCAGACAGACACCUCAAAAAGUCCGCCUCACUGUUUAUAGGGAUGAGGCCCAGUAUAAGGAAGAAGACAUGUAUGAUGUACUCAGUAUAGAAUUACAAAAGAAACCAGGGAAAGGCCUUGGAUUGAGUAUUGUUGGGAAAAGAAAUGACACUGGAGUGUUUGUGUCAGAUAUUGUCAAAGGAGGUAUCGCAGAUCUGGAUGGCAGGCUGAUGCAAGGAGACCAGAUAUUAAUGGUGAAUGGUGAAGAUGUCCGGAAUGCUAACCAGGAGGCAGUGGCUGCUUUGUUAAAGUGCUCAUUAGGUACAGUCAGACUAGAAGUUGGAAGAAUAAAGACAGGCCCAUUCCAUUCGGAGAGGAGAACGUCUCAGAGCAGCCAGGUCAGUGAGGGAAGUAGUAGCCUGUCGUCGUUCACUUUCCAGGGUUCAGGAUCCAACCCACCAGAAAGUUAUGAAAACACUCUGAAGAAGAAUUCUCUGGCAUCUGAAAUACAAGGAUUAAGAACAGUUGAAAUCAAAAAGGGCCCUUCAGACUCCUUGGGAGUUAGCAUAGCUGGAGGAGUAGGAAGCCCUCUUGGAGAUGUUCCCAUUUUCAUAGCUAUGAUGCAUCCAAAUGGAGUUGCAGCGCAAACUCAAAAAUUGAGGGUUGGGGAUAGGAUUGUUAGCAUAUGCGGAACAUCUACUGAAGGCAUGACUCAUUCCCAGGCUGUCAGUUUACUGAAAAAUGCUUUGGGCACUGUUGAAAUACAGGUCGUAGCUGGUGGAGAUGUCAGUGUCAUAACCAGCCAACAGCAGGACCCCCCAACUUCAAGUUUGUCUUUUGCAGGACUAACAUCGAGCAGCAUCUUUCAGGAUGAAUUGGGACCUCCACAGUAUAAAACUAUCACUCUAGAUCGAGGACCUGAUGGCUUAGGCUUCAGUAUUGUGGGUGGAUAUGGAAGUCCUCAUGGAGAUCUUCCCAUUUAUGUUAAGACAGUAUUCGCAAAAGGUGCAGCAGCUGAAGAUGGACGCUUGAAGAGAGGGGAUCAGAUCAUUGCUGUCAAUGGGCAGAGCUUGGAAGGGGUCACCCAUGAAGAAGCUGUAGCUAUUCUAAAAAGGACAAAAGGAACGGUCACGUUGACUGUUCUAUCUUGAACCCGGUACCCAAAGAGGCCAGCAUAAGUACUCUGUCCACAUUCCACAUAGACAAGAGAAUAGAAAUGUUUAUGUAGCUCUCUUGUUGUUACAACUGCCAAGCUGUUUUACAUCUUGGGUGAAAACAAGAAAUGAUCUUAUUUUUAUAUACAGUAGAAAUGUUGUCUUGCUGUCAGAUUGCAGGGAUUGGUUUCUGUAGUGUAGGACAGUGACAGGAGAACCGAGAGCAGCUGAGACAAACCCAGAGUAAAAAAGGGAUGAAACAAAAGGUGAGCAGGGGUGGGGGGAAUCUCAGAAUGUGUUGGGAACAGGGUAACGUGCAACGUUUGCUAGCUGAGGGAUUUCUGUUCCGAUAUUCUGAGAAUGUGCAAUCUUUUGCUUUGGCAAAAUUAACUUUCCAGAUGUCAGCUACCCAGUGUUAACUUACAAAGGAAAUUUUCAAAAGGUGUGAAUUGAUCGGUCUGAUUACAUUUGGCUACUGUUGUUAAUUACCAUGGAUCUAACAAAAGGCGAGCUCUUUUUUAUAAUAUUACAUAGGAAAACAACACUUUUAAGGAGCACCUGCUAGAGGCCUGCUGGGCAUUUGUGAGAGCCGUAAAGCUGGAUUGGGCUUCCUGUUCUUCCCUUUUAUUAACUAGUAGCAAGGUUCCCAUUAUCAAAGGGGAUAAAUGUGAGAGUACUGCCCAUGAUUUUCAAAGAUCUGAGGAAUACAGUGGACCUCACCUCCCUUUCCUGUGCGUUCCCUGGCAGUAAUGAUUGGACUACCCAGGUACAGAGCAGGUUUUCCUCACUACAACAAACAUCUUCCCCCUGCUAAUAGAAGUUCAGGGGCUAAUACUCUCUUUAGAAGGAUCACGUAUGCAUAGUUCUAACAGUUACUGAUCUUUAACCAUGGCUUUAAAAAAAAUUGAAAAAUUCCAGAAAAUGUUUGCAGAUAAACCUUUUGGAGAGUUUGACUGCACUGUUUCUAGAAACCAAACUUAAAAGCAAUGAUUUUAAAGCACCUGAUUGCAUAAGUUUGGAAUCAGACUUAAAAUAGACAGCAGCCCUGUGUUAGGAUGUAUGUACAACAGCAUACCAACAUAGAGGUUUAUGCAGCUGCAAUAAACCAGGAGCUAAGCUGAGUUGCAGGACUCCAGAUUAGACCCAGGGAACAAAGACCUUGCUCUUCGGUGGCAUGUUUGUCAUCAACCCCAAGCUUGCUGCCAUGUAUACCUAUCUUUCAGAAUGGCUCUACUCUUCGUGUAAUUAAUAUCUUUUCACAUGUGCUGGAAACCCAGUAAGCCACAGGAAGCUCCAGAGCAGUGCGGUUGUUUCAGAAAGCUCAGAGCUGUUCCGCUACUUUGCUGCAGCUAAGUACUCUACACAGGAGCAAUAAUGAAACCUGCCAUGAUCACUUCAUUUCAGGUUCAGAGGUACAUCAUGUGAGAUGAAAGAAUAGUCCUGGAGAAAUAUGUGGCUUUAGCAAACUUUUUACGGCCCUGAUGGCGCCUUAUAUUAAAUGGGAGCGUCGUGGAAGGAGUCAACAAGGCCAUAAGCUGAUGCGAGCGCAACAUCCAUAGCUCUUGCUAGCGCAAUGGGUUUCCCAUUUCUGUAUGUUAGUGCAGUGUCAGUGGCACCAACGCCAUGACAUUCCUGGAUGCUUCCCUUGGUCCAUAUUGUCAACCCCAACUAUGGCCUUGAGGCCCACCCCGUCUAGGAUCCCUUAAGAGGCAAUUUCAGAAAACGUUAACCUUCUGUUGGGACAGCUAUCUGCUCAGCUUGGAGGUCCUCCAUUACUGCACUUGAUACCCAGCAGCAGUCAUCUUGCUCACGUCUCCUUUCUCUUUGUGACACACAGUAACCCGAAUGAUGUGUUUGAUGUGUGGUAGCAGGUCAGGUGGGUGCCUUAGAGGAAGGGGUUGUAUGACAUAGGGAAAGGGAAUGUGUGUCCCUCCAGAUGUUGUUGGGCUGCAACUUCUGUCAAGCCUCAUAUUUGGCUGCAAUGGUCAGGACUGAUGAGAGAGGCAGUCCAGCAGCACCUGGAGGGACCACCAUUUUGCAACCUUGCAUUAAAUCAUUCUUAGGUCCCUCCCAGUCCUGCGAUUGGACGAUUUCAUCAUCACAGCUUUCUUAAGAAUCUGUGAAUUUUGCAACAGGGCAUAUGUUUGCAAAAUUCAGAAGUAAUUUUAGAACGGAGUUCAAAAUGAAUAGAAUUGCUGUCACUGGCUGCAAAUAAAAGAAACCCAGAGAGUAGGUUUAGGCUGCAUUUUCUGAGAAUUAGGUUGGCUAAAGUCUGUCUGUGCCUGCUGUUUUUAUGUGAUAUAUACCUGAAGAUAAAGCAAAUAGUUGGUACAUUCUUUCAGAUCACUUUUCCACUUCUAGAUUUAUUUAUAUAAAAAUAAGUGUUGCAUAAAGGAGGUACUAACUUUCUCAUAAUUUGUCUGCUUUAGAAAUAUAUGAGAGGGAUGAGUAGCUUUUCCUCAGAAUGAGAAAAAGAUAAGAGACUUUCUUCAGAUGUUCUUAGAGAGUUGGUAGUUCAGGGCAACUUAAUGAUACUAAGGAAGUUCUUGGUAUCUUUACUUUUAGAUGUUACUUGGACUUAGAGAGAAAUCUCCCAUGAAGUACAAUAACUGGAAGAAAUCAGUGUUGAAUUGUCUUGUAUACACUAACAGCUUAGACUGUGUUAUGCUUACCUUACAGUAUGUGCAACCACUUGAGAUAUUCUUUAUAUUUGUAGCAGAUGUAGUGUACAGAUAUUUUAUUACUGCCUUUGUGUCUAAAUGCAGAAUUAGUUUAAUAAAUGUGAAGCUGUCUGUGGUGAACAAA